AUGGAGAUUAAGGCUCAAGUCGAAGGCACAAAGUCAACUAUAAUAGGCGCAGUUAGUAAGUGUCAUUCCAAAGGUGGAGCACUGUCUGAAAAUGUUGCAAAGUCGCAGGAUAUACCUUCUGUUGGAAACGACCAGACUCCCAAGGCGAGGAAACCGUAUACCAUCACAAAACAAAGGGAGAAGUGGACUGAAGAAGAGCAUCAAAAGUUCGUUGAGGCUUUGAAGUUAUAUGGCCGUGGCUGGCGUCAAAUUGAAGAACAUAUAGGUUCGAAAACUGCAGUUCAGAUUCGAAGCCAUGCUCAAAAGUUUUUCUCUAAGGUUGUGCGGGAACCCGACGGCAGCGCUGAAAGUCCUAUUCAGCCAAUUGACAUACCUCCUCCUCGGCCAAAGAGGAAACCUCUUCAUCCAUACCCUCGCAAAUCAGUCGACACUUUCAAAGGACAGUCUGUCCCAAAUGAAUCAGAAACAUCUCCGUCAUUUAACCUGUCGGUUGCAGAAAACAACACUCAAUCUCCAACCUCGGUACUAUCUGCAUUUGGUUCGGAAGCAGCAUUUUCUGAGCAGACUAACAGAUGUCUUUCUCCAAACUCUUGUACCACCGAGAUUAACCCGGUCAGCCUGUCGCCUCUUGAAAAAGAAAAUGAUUGCCAGACAUCGAAAUCGUCUGAGGAGGAAGAGAAAGGAACUCCAGCUUCAGUUCCUUUAUCCACUGACUCAAAACCACUCAUAUGCACGAAGCCCGAGAUUAUUUCUUUGGAAGAAACUCAAUGUUUUAAGGAAGAUGCUGCGGAUACGCCACACAUCACUAGUAUUAAGCUGUUUGGCAGAACAGUCUCUAUGGUUGAUACUCAGAAAACAAUAGAAAUAAAAUCUGAUGAAAUUGUUGAGAAUGAGAAAGUUGGCUCUGAAGAGGAAUCUGAGAAAAUUGUUACACAACUAUCACUAGGCAUGUGUAGUGGUAAUUGUGACAGUAUGGAACAACCGAAGGAGAAUCCGUGCGGUGUCGGCGAAUGUGCAUCAGCUUUACCAUGUUGGAGUUUGUACCAAGGCCUUCCAGCUUUGAGCCUCAAGCCAUGCAAUCAUCAGAUUUUAAGUCCUGUGCCUCUCAGGCCUUGUUUGAAGGUGAGAACUCGAGAGGAGGAAAGUUCUUGCACUGGUUCUAAUACCGGAUCAGUUUGUGAUAUGGAAAAUCAAAGCAAGAACAAUUCAAACAAUUCAUCAGAUACAGACGAUACUCAGAGCCGAAAACCUCAUCAUGAAGGAGUGUUCGUUAAGAAAUCUGGAAGAGGGUUUGUACCAUAUAAAAGAUGUUUAUCUGAAAGAGACGAAAAUUCUUUAAUUGUUGGGUUGGAAGAAAGAGAAGGGCAAAGAGCUCGUGUGUGUUCAUAG